UGAAAGGCUAGUGAUUAGGACCUGUUCCAGCACCCUUAAAAUUAAAACAUGGUGGAUUACUAUGAAGUUCUAGGCGUGCAGAGACAUGCCUCACCCGAGGAUAUUAAAAAGGCAUACCGGAAACUGGCAUUGAAGUGGCAUCCAGACAAAAAUCCUGAAAAUAAAGAAGAAGCAGAGAGAAAAUUCAAACAAGUAGCUGAGGCAUACGAGGUGUUAUCAGAUGCUAAAAAACGGGACAUCUAUGACAAAUAUGGCAAAGAAGGAUUAAAUGGUGGAGGAGGUGGAAGUCAUUUUGACAGUCCGUUUGAGUUUGGCUUCACAUUCCGUAACCCAGAAGAUGUCUUCAGGGAAUUUUUUGGUGGAGCGGACCCAUUUUCUUUUGACUUCUUCGAAGACCCAUUUGAGGACUUCUUUGGGAAUCGAAGAGGUCCCCGAGGAAGCAGAAGUCGAGGAACAGGUUCAUUUUUCUCUGCCUUCAGUGGAUUUCCAUCUUUUGGAAGUGGAUUUCCUUCUUUUGACACAGGCUUCACAUCAUUUGGGUCGCUGGGUCAUGGGGGCCUCACUUCAUUUUCUUCCACUUCAUUUGGUGGUAGUGGGAUGGGCAACUUCAAAUCUGUUUCAACUUCUACUAAAAUAGUUAACGGAAGAAAAAUCACCACAAAGAGGAUUGUCGAGAAUGGUCAAGAAAGAGUAGAAGUUGAAGAAAAUGGCCAGUUAAAGUCCUUAACGAUAAAUGGUGUGGCCGACGAGGAUGCCCUGGCCGCUGAGCGCAUGCGGAGAGGCCAGAAUGCCCUGCCGGCCCAGCCUGCCAGCGCCCGCCCGCCGAAGCCGCCCCGGCCGGCCUCCCAGCUCAGACACACGCCUCACUGUCUCUAUGAGGAGGAGGGCGAGCCGGAGAGACCGCGCGUGCCCGGGUUCUGGGACCCCGCCGCGUGCUCAGCAGGAUUCAAAGAAGGUGGCAAGAGGAAGAAGCAGAAGCAGAGAGAGGAGAUGAAGAAGAAGAAGUCGACCAAAGGGAAUCACUAGACUGGACUUGCAGGCACGCGUGCCCUUGGCACCCGGCAGAUGUUGGCGCACGGGCCUUGCUUGGUGUGUGGUUGUGCACACGUGCUAGGUAGUGGCAUCUUGAUCAGGACUGUCCCGAGGCCACACUCACUUAGGAUUAUGGACAUGUGAUCAUGGAUCGGUCAGAUCAGGCAGGCCAGCAGACAGGAGUGGAGGCUCAGGGGUGGCGGUGAUAGACUUUUGGGACACAGCCUUGACUUUCUCACUUCGCUUUUCCCUGGCACUAUACAUCCGCUAGCAUUUUUCUGUAGAGCUGUUACUGAUCUCUGUCAUUCUUUUCAGUCAAUCAACUACUAUGCACACUACUGAAACAUUUCUAGCUUUAGAAGCACGAUAAAGUACAGACAGGUAACUGAAUUUAUAUUCAUGAAAUGGCUUUCCUAAUGGCGGGCGAUACAGUGUUUGAAAUUAGAAUGCAGGAAAGUGUAGCAUAAUUUAAAGAUAACGUAAAUAACACAUUGAAUCGUGACUGUCAAGGGACUUUUUCUCCAAAGUAGUAUGGCCACACACCCAGUAAGCUGCGAGGAAUCACUUGAUAUAUGUAUCACUUUAAUUUUAAUCCUCUCCAGGUAGUCCAAACUUAACUUCAAAUGUUGUGUAGAUUUUGCUAAAUUCCAUCUUUUUUUUUUUCUUGAAUCCACCGUUCUUUUUAGUGAUUAAAAAAAAAUUGCUCAGCAAUGCUUUUUCUAGCUUUCCGAGGUUAGGGCCAUGCUGGGGAAGGAUAGAUUAGGCUUAUACCCAUGUGAAAUUGUCAGACUUUGAGCAAGUAGGUUGAACUAAGUUAUUUCAAUUUGUAAACAUUGGCUCCUUAAAAGUAAAUCACUUUACGCUAGCGCGAUUCUGACCAGCUUCCUGUACCUCUUUCCUUUGCAUGCUCUAUUGCUUUGUAACCUUUUGUUUUUCCUGAGCACUAGGUAGAGCUCUGGUAUUGCCUUAACUUCUUCCUGCAUGCUCCCUCUCAGUGACUUUCUCCUUCCCUUUAACACAAAGAUCUGCCGUUCAUAUUGCUUUUGCCUUCGUCCUCUUGGAGUUGAGGGCAUCGUAAAAAACUUGGAUAUGAUUUCAAAAUGCCAACAAUUUUAAUCUAGUGGUUUUGAAACUAGGACUUUUUGGGCACAGUUCUGUAGCAGUGGCACAGACUUUGAAGCCAGCAACAAGUGUAACCUGUGAUUUUAACAUGACUGUUACAGAGGGGUUUGCUUUGUUUAUUUGGUUUUGGGGGGAGUGAACUGGUUGGUAUUUCAUGCUUUUUUGUGGACAUUGUAACCCUAAAUGCAUAAUGUGUUUUCAGUGCUACCUACAGAAAUAAAGCGUAAACAUACUGAGUACAGCU